AUGUCUUUCCCGCCUCUUCCCAUUUCAAUCCAAAGUGUCAAGGAGAAGACUGAGAAGCCGAAAGUAGCAGUCCGGAAAGAUAGACGGAAAGCCCUUCGAAAAGCUGGUAUACAUGUACUACCUAUCAUGAUCACUAUUACUUUGUCAUUCUUGAAUGGGCAUGAAAUAUACGCGAACUCGAUGGGUAAUGCUGACGCAGAAGUAUAUACUCGGCUUAAUGGACUGCAAUUCAUGGCCAAACAUGAAGCUUUACGUCAAGGUAUACCCCUUGGUGGGUUUCUCAUUGCUUUCAGAAUCACCGAUCUUGGGUCGCUUCUCAGCCCGGAGUUGUGGGCUGCAGGUGCAUUUGGAAAACACUUCAAGCGUCGCUUGUUGUUUGUUGUCAUGUCACUCUUUGCUAUGAUUCUAGCUGCUGUCUCUGGACCUGCGUCUGCAAUAUUGAUGUUGCCAUCCCUGGACCGGUGGAUUGUCCCAACGACAACAUAUUCGUCCUGGUCUACUACGCAUUUUACCCUGAACGCAGAAAAGUCUCAAGUUUGGCCUAAAUACGUCGACAAUUCGAGCUUUGACACGUUCUGCACUUUCGAGUCUAGUAAAUUCUCAGACAAUUGCGCAGCAGGUGGCUUCUCGGCAAUCCGGGCAUGGCUUGACAGACCCAGUUCACGAGAAUCACAGCAUUCGUGGAGCAUUACCAUGCCAAUGAACUCGAAAGAAACUUUUUACGAUCGAUUCAUCGGCGGCACAUCAAACUUUCAAGGAGUUCUAAAGACGGAUGGCUUUUAUAAUGCAUAUACUUGGCAUUUGAGUCAAACUGUAUCCGUGCCGACAGGCUCACUUGUCACAUCAGUUGCCCAGAUGGUAGGAUCACAAAACGAAACGUCCAGAUUUCAAAUAUCGAUCAACGGCGAAGAUCCUCCAGCACCACAGGUAGUUGCAGCUUGCAUAGACAGGAACUAUAACAUAACAAAUGGAUCAAUCAAAGGACAUAAGACGCUCGAUGAUCUACCACUGCUAUUCUUAAAAAUAGAUAUGUCUCAGAGUAGAUAUGGGAGAUCAGAAGUUCGAAAUGCAGUCAAUAUGUUGGAUAGCGCUCGGGGAGGGCCCUCAGCGACAUGGAUGCAGCCAAAAAAUAAGACUGCCAACUCACCGUCCAUAGGAGUCGUGAUGUUUGCUCAUUACGAAGGGGGUACCACCAAUCCAACACGGAGUUUUGAUGAUUGGAUGCGAGAUUUUACCGAUACAACGAGAUCCAUGCGUACAGUGCAAAUAGAUGUCGAGUGGGCAAAUGCCGCCUUGCCACCGAACGAUAUAAUAUUGCCACUGGCAUCCUCGUCAUUUGGCGCCAGUAACGAUAAUCCAUUGGGCAUGAUAGCGACAACUUUUAUUUCAGAUGCAAUGUCAAGGAUUCCAUACAUGAUGAACAUAGGUUUCAAAGUCUUGAUUCCUACAGUGGCACCGAACCAUAACUUUACUACUUUAUCCAAUGUUCCCAAAGACGUCACAGAUAUCCACAUCAAGCGCUUCCGUUAUGGCUACAGUUACUCUCUUCAAGGCUCCACGAGACGUUUGGCAGUAGCCAUUCUUGUUCUACACAUGUUUUCAGCCCUAAUAUACGCGGUGCUCGUUUUUCGGCACGGAUACACAAACAAUAUCCUCAAGUCACUAACUGAGAUUCUCGUACUUGCAAUCAACUCUCCGCCAUCUUCAAAUCUCGAUAAUACAUGUGCUGGGAUUGAGAGGGUUGAUACAUACAAAAAGAUAAUAAGAGUCCGAGAGGUAUCUUCAUCGCAUUUGGGAUUGAUUGUUGGUGACGACGGUGAUAUCAUCACUGAAGAGGUGAUGGCGGAUAAGAAGUAUGGAUGUCUACACAAGUAG